AUGACAUGUGCCAAGUGUGAAGACAGCCACUGUGCCAACUGUGAUCAGUCCCAGUGCUACUGGUGUGAGGACGGCUUCUAUGUUUCAGACGGAGAGUGUGUGGAGCAGUGUAAGGAGGGUUUCUUUGUCGACGAGGAGAGUCAGGAAUGCGAACCAUGUCAUCGGAUGUGUCGUACGUGCGGCGGGCCCAACUAUGACGACUGUGACUCAUGUGAGGAUGACUUCACUCUGAAGGACGGAGAGUGUAUGGACAACCACUCCGCUUCCUGCCCUGACAAACAUUUCCUCAACAGUCAGGGGGAAUGUGAGCAGUGCCACUCCAGCUGUAAGACAUGCACAGGCUCUGGGAGGGAACAGUGUAACACCUGUGACACAGAGCGCUUUCUGAUGGCCCACCAGGCGUGUGUGGCAAAGUGCCCGUCUGGUACUUUCGGCAAUUCCACGUCUGGCCACUGUGACGACUGUCUGCCAGGCUGUGUUCUGUGCCAGGAUGCCCAUCAGUGCCAGAGGUGCCGGACUGGACACACACACCUCUACCUGCAGGGCGACCAAUGUGUUCCCGAGUGCCAGAGGGGUUACCCUAAGGGGGGCGAGUGCCAGCCCUGUGCCCCAGAGUGUGCCUCCUGCCUAGGGAACGCCACCCACUGCCUGAGCUGUGAGACCCAGUACUUGCUCCUGGAGCACUCUUGCAGAGGGCACUGUCCCGAAGGGCACUACCCCAAUGAGCGAGAGUGUCUACGCUGUCCACCUGACUGCAUAGAGUGUAGCCAGGAUGGCCUGUGUAAGGAGUGUGAGGAGUACUACUUCCUACAUAAGGACCAGUGUGUAGAUGACUGCCCAGAGGGCUUCUUCCCCAGUGAGGAGCAGAAGGAGUGUGUGCGUUGUCACACUGACUGCGCGUCGUGUGACGGGCCUGACUCAGACGACUGUGAUAUGUGCAGGCACCCCGCGGCCGUGCGCUACAACGGGGAGUGCCUGUCCCAGUGUCCCUCAGACACUUACCACAACGUAGCCACCUUCGAGUGCCAGGACUGCGACAGGUCGUGUCACACCUGCUCAGGUCCCGAGCCCUCGUCCUGCCUCAGCUGUGGGCCCAACAUGCGAAAGGACUCCAGUGGCCACUGUGUCUUCUACAGCCAGUGCUCCCUGCGCUCCUACAAAGAUGAGGAGGGCGACUGCCAGACCUGCCACCCCCUCUGCCACCGCUGCUCAGGGCCCACCAAGGAGCACUGUCUCAGCUGCAACCCGCAGACCUUCCUGCUCAACAACACCUGUGUGAAUGAGUGUCCGGUGGGUUUCUAUGGUGAUGGGGACGAGCGUGUGUGCGAGCGAUGUCACUUCAGCUGUGUGUCGUGUGUGGGACGCCACAGUGUCCAGUGUGCAGCGUGUAAACCCAGCCUGUUCAAACAGGGACGUAGCUGUGUCGAGACCUGUGGUGACAGAACUGUCACAAGUUGUUUACGUCUCUCCCUUUCUGUAAGUCACUUCGGUAAUACCAUCACCUGGACUUGUGACCGGUGUGACCCGUCGUGUAGCAAGUGCAGGGAUAGGGGCAGUGGGGACUGCCUGAACUGUCGUGAUGGGUACCUCUACCUGAAGCAGUCGGGCCAAUGCCUCCAGACGUGCCCCGCAAACUACUUCCCUGACACCAGAGCCAAAAUCUGCCGCAAGUGCCACCCCACCUGCAAGACCUGCGAAGAUGAGGGAGCCCUGUUCUGUAAGUCGUGCUUCGAGGGCUUCAGGUUUUUUGGAGGGAUAUGUGACUCUCCCUGUCUCGUAGGACUUUAUGCUGCUUCAGCUAUUUGGGGCUUGGAUCCACAGUGUGAGAAGUGUGAUCCGUCCUGUCUGGACUGUAAGGGUCCUGGACAGUGGAACUGCACUGUGUGCCCAGCCAGCCAGCUCCUAGCUGACGACGGCCGCUGUCUGUCCUGUUGCGGCAACGAGACCAGACACGACGGCAGCCCCCUCCCCCGAGAGUGUUGUGACUGCCGGGCAUCACAAAUGGAGUGCGUCUUUGGGGUGAACUUUGUGUUCCUGGGCAUCGAGGAGUUGCCAGAGGGACAUCUCAAGGUCUUCAUCCUGGCCAUCGUGCUCCUGGUGUCGGCCGUGGGUGCCGCUGUCUUCCUGUUCCUCCACUUGCGCUCCAAAGCGGGUGCUGGUUUACCCCAGACGAAGGCCAAUGGUUACAAGAAGCUGGGCGCCAAUGGAGGCUGGGCUGGGUCAGACUUAGACCCUGCUUCCUCCAUUGGCGACUACAGUGACCGCAUCGUUGAGGAUGAUGAGGAGGAAGAAGAUGACGAUGAUGAAGAUAUUGUGUAUAUGGGUCCGGAUGGUACAGUGUAUCGGAAGUUUAAGUAUGGACUCCUGGAGGAAGACGAGGACAUUGAGAUGGAUUAUGACGACGAGAGCUAUUCCUUCAGAUAAAGAGGAAUGUAAACACAACCAGAAACCCUCAGGCGUGCCCACUACUUUUAUACAAUAUUUAUUACCUUCUGUAGUAGUGAUGUAUCCCAAGAUGUUUACACACAAACACCUCUAAAAUGUUUCCUGACCUCGAUAGUGAAGAUCUAAAUAUUUGGCACAGUAGUAGGGCUUAAUAUGAGGGUCUUUGAGGGAAUUUCUUAAAUAGUGCAUUGUAUUUUAGACUUGCAGGUUGGUUUGACAUUUUAGAGUUUUUAUUUGGACUUCUAAGGGUUAGUUUGUCAUUUUAGUUCACUAUUGAAGUCCAAGCACUUUGUAAUCAAUAUUGCGAGACGAAUGAGACAGAGGCUGAUUGCAUCACUGAGAGAUUCAUCCAGUUUCACUCAUGCACUGCUAAAGGGACAGUAAGAUAGAGGUGAAAAUAUUUUUAUGUAACUUAUUUUGAUUAUAGAAUUGGAGCUCAUUAAAAUACUUAAUCUCCCUGAGUUUUUGGAUCCCAUGCAUGUGAAACAGUAGUGUUGAUUUAUAAUAAUCAGAAAGAUCAUUUUCUCUUUGUUGAGGUGAAUCAAUGUUUACUUGAAUAAAGUUGGAGUUACUGUGAGAAUGUUUUCUGGAA